GGCACUGGGAGCGGGGCCAACGCCGCGCAGCGCCGCUCCUCCCUGUACGGAAGGGGGGGCACGGCCCCAAAGGCCCCCAUCCUGGAGAGGUUUUGCGAUGGGAGGCGGCCGGAGAUCCGGAGUCGUGAUGGAGCUCCGAGCAGCGGUACUGCAUGAGCUGUGCGUCCGGAAGGGGUUCGGGAUGGCAAGCAGCGAUGUGAGCCACACUGGUGAUGAGGAGGACCCCAGCUGCUGCGGUGCCAUGGGGUGGCACAAGUGACAAGGACAGUGCAGGACGCCAUGGGCAGCUCCUCGCCUUGGCUGCGCUGGACUCAAUCGGAGCUGGGCAGCCAGGAACCCAAGUGCUGGGAGGAGGAGGAGGAGGAGGAAGAAGACUUUGAGAAGCACAUGGAUGAGAACGGUGUCAUUGGGCUGGGGGCUGCCACAGCGGGGCUCAGCGAUCCACAGGACUCAGGCUCUGAGUGGGGACAGGAGGCAGCUGGAAGCCCAGUAUGGGGGGACGGCGAGGACUUGGAUGUGGAGUCCCCAGCAGAGCCACGCUGGUAUGCACAGCAGGAUCUGACAGAGGAGGAGGAGGAGGAAGAAGAACAGGGCAGCUCUGAGGAGGACGAGAGGCCAGAGGGGCCCUGGGGAACAGAAAGCGAUGGGGACCCCUAUGCUGAGACCCCUCUGAAAGUCCUGGGUACCACCACGGAUGGUGGUGGCACUUCAGGGCCUUCGGACUCCAGUCCUGUCCCCAUGACUCCUCCCCUCCAGCGCCGGGGCUGGGGCAAAGCCAAGGACCCCAAUCAGAGCUCCCAAGCCCUGCAGCAGCCCAAACCCAGUCGGCUGUCCCCCAGCCCCCGGCAUCACACCGACACCAAAAAGCCAAAGGACCCCACGGACAUUUGCCCAUAUGGCCGAGGGCGGCUCAACCACCCCCUGCCUGACCUCUCCAAGGUGGAAGCACGGGUGAAGGUGGGGCAGAGCUACCGCCCCCCACCCAGCAGGGCCCUGUCCGCCCGUGCCAGGCCCCACGGAGGUCCCCUUGUCCCCAAAUCCCCCGCCGAAAUCGUCCGGGAGGUGCUGCUGAGCAGUGGGGAGGGGGCCCCACCACGACCCUCUGCCCCCUCCGGAGUGCCACAGGAGCUCCGCUCCCCCAGGCAGGCCACUGCGCUGGUGCAGCAACUGCAGGAUGACUACCACAAGCUGCUGACCAAGUACGCCGAGGCCGAAAACACCAUUGACCAGCUGAGGCUGGGGGCCAAGGUGAACCUGUAUGCAGACCCGCCGUGUGCCAGCCGCAGCGCCCACGCCGGCACCAUGAGUGGUGGCUGCAGGGUGAUGGCCUUCAGCAUCCCACGGGCCAGCGCCGCAGCCAUCAGCACAGCCCCAAACCCGCAGCUCCCUGUGGGUGGAGCUCCAGCGCCACAACCAGCAGAGCGGGGGGCAGCAUCCCAGCCCUGCUCUCCUCGCUCCCCCCUGGGGGGCUGCCCCACAUGCGUGGGGCCGUGCUGCUGUGCAGGGCCACGGCUCACACGGACACUGGCAGAGCAGACCCGCAAAUUUCAAGCGCAGGUGGAUUCCUUUGAAGCCUGGAUCCGAGCAGGGAGCUCUGUGCCACAGGAGCAGCUCCAGCAGCGGUUCCAGAGGCUGCAGGAUACACAGGAUGCACUGGAGCGGGCGUACCUGGAAGCACGGGAAGAGCAAAGCCUUGGGGACACGGGGAACUUCGACCCGGAGCGCACAGUGGAAGGGGACAUCUUCUGCCUGGGGAUGCGCCUGGAGGAGCUGAAGGAGCACCUGGAGAGGGCAGCACCAGGGAGCCAUGUGGUGACAGAGGGCCCCCCCAGCACCGGGGAGACAGCGGGGGACACCGAGGUGGUGGCAGUGGGGCCGCCCCGACCCUUACGGCACAAGCAGCUCCAAGCAGAGGGGGACUUUGGGGAUCUGUUGCAGCAGUACCAGCACCUCAAAUCGCUGCCGGCAUCACUGAGCCUGGAGCAGCUGAGCCUGACGGGGAGCGCAGCUCUGGAGGAGGCUGGUGGCACCGUGGGAGGGGAUGGCGGCCCAGGGGGGGUCCUCAGUGGGACACAGUCACUGGAGGAGGGCACCGACCACGAGACCUCCCCCUCGCCCCCCCCUCAGAGGAAAGCAGUGCCGCUGCCCCACACCGAACCCCCACACCCACAGGGGACCUACGGCCGCCUGUCCCCUGUCACCACCCCGCUGCCACCAUCCACCUCCAGGCUCCCGCUGGCAUUCCCUGAACCUUUGCCAUCGCGCACAGCCCCGUCCCGCCGCAGCAGUGGGACGGGGAGCACAGCCCCUCAGCGCCAUGCCCUCAAGCCCUGCCAGCAGGAGCAGCGCAUGGUGUCACCGGAGACGGACAGUGGCUUCGUGGGCUCGGAGAGCAGCCGGGUGUCCCUGUUGGCACGCACCCCUCAGCAUCGACCACUGGGCACUGGGACUCAUGGCGUGCUCGAACCUCCUGUCCCCGCUCCUCUCCAUCCGCAGAAGAAGGAAGGUCCGCUGCUGCCCCUCAGGAAGGGGCUGAGGGGUCCCUGCCCAGCCCCUGAGCACGGCCCUCCCCCAGGCCACAGCGUGCCCCCCAGCACUCCCUCGCCGAGCAGCUCUCCACUGCGCUGGGCCGGCAGCCAGGGCAGUGAGCUGGGACCUGAGGGUGAUGAUGCUCGCUCUGACUCAGAAGGAGGAGACAGGAGCUGCACCAGUGGGCACCCCCCGGGUGGGAUGCCCGCCUCGCCAUCCCCAGCUCCGGCUCACUGUGACCUGCUGGGAUCCCGCAUGGAGCGCGACCGGGCCAUCCGUGCGCUGCAGGACGAGGUUUGGCGACUGCGCCUGCGGCUGGAGGAGAGCCUGCACCGGUCCCACAGCUACCCUGAGGGCAGAGCCCCCCACAUCCCCAAGGGGAGGAGGCAGGCAGCAGCCAGCAGAGCUUCAUUCCUCCGGGAUGCAGCACCUGUGGGGGAGCACAGCCCCACCUCACGGGGCAGGAUGACCCCGGGCGGCCCCAGAGGCAGAUGGGCAUCGCUGCCACGGGAUGGGACACCGCCAGACUUCAGUGAGUGGGGACAGCUGGGACCUCUCCAAAAAGAGAAAGGAUGCGCCUCCCAGUCGGACCGCUCGCUGCGUGCGCACGGUGACAGCCGUCCCCGAGCCGCGCCGUCCGUGCACAAACGCCCUCGCAGCCCCCUGGGUGCGGUGUCACUGCGGGGACAGCAGGCGGCUGAACGCCGGGAGCCCGACCCGCUGGGUAACGCACACGGUGGCGCCGACACCGCGUUCGGGGGGACGCGUUACCGCGUGGCGCCGCCCCGUGGGGAGCCGAGCGCUGCGCCGUGCCCCCGCUGCCACCCCGACGGGACAACGACGGGCGCCCCAUCAGUCGAUGUCAAGCGGCCGCAGCGCAGCGGCGCCUCCAGGACCCCCGAGAGCUGCCCAACGUGCCGGGCAUCACGCGGUGACACGGACAGAGCCGGGCACGCCCAGCGCAGCAAAUCGGACGGCAAAUCCCCGCCGGAGCCCCGCGGCCGCCCCCAGGCCGUGCAGCCGGAGCAGCUCGCAGGCUGUUGGUACCUGGCGGGGGGGCCUCCCGUCGCCUACCUCGCCCCCGUCCCCGUGGUGCCUUACGGGCCCUCACUGCUGUACUGCCCUCCAACCUCACCUACCUCAGCCCCACACCGCACCCGUUCCCCACCGCUCUCAGACCUGGAGGAGGACCUGGAUCUCUCUCUGAGCACAGCAAUGGCAGCAGCACGCCGUGCCCGCGUCACCUCAAGACGGCUGGGCCAGGUGCUGGCAGCAGAGCUGGGCCGGGCACGGGCAGUGCGGAGCUCCUGCCUCUUCUGAACAGGAUCAUCCCAUCCCAUGCCAUCCCAUGCCAUCCCAUCCCAUGCCAUCCCAUCCCAUGCCAUCCCAUCCCACCCCAUCCCAUCCCAUCCCAUCCCAUCCCGUCCCAUCCCAUCCCAUCCCAUCCCAUCCCAUCCCAUCCCAUCCCAUCCAUACUGUGGGAAUGGGCACCAAGCCGGACCCGUCCUGCAUCUCCCACAUUUCUGUAGGUCCUACCAAAACACCUCUGUGUUUACCUCAGUGCCACGCUGGCGCAGUAGGAGCCAUUUCCACAGCCCAUCUCUCGCUGCUUUCAAUGUAUUUUAGGGUGAUUUUUAGGGUUUCUCGGUACGCUGCACUCCCCUCCCCUCCCCCCCAGCUCCAACCAGAGCCCGACCCCAUGGGUUGGGGAUGAGGUUGGAUUUCGGGUGCUGUCCCUGCACCCUGCUGUACCCCAGGGCCACUCUCCUCUCUACACUUCUAUGUGGAUUUUUCCCCAGGGUACCAUUGUCAGAGGGUUGGUUGACCAUAUAUAAUGCUGUGUGUGUCUAUAUAUAGGUUCAUACACGUGGUUUGUUUUACAUUUCCAGCACAAACCCUCGGGGAAGCUGAGCUUUUCCCCAUAACUUAGUGCUGCACGGCCCUGUGAUGUUCAUAAUGAUGCUGGGUGAGGUUGAAGGGCUGCAAUGAGGCGGGAUUUGGGGUCCCUCCCUGCACAUGGCUUCCUGGGAGGGUGUCCAGGCAGAAAAAGAAGGGACUGGUAGUGUUCCCUUUGGGAUUCCUAAAGAAAUUGGGAGUUUUCUUUGGGAUGCUCAAAGAAAAGUGCAUUUUCUUUGGGAUUCCCAAAAGCAAUGUGAUUUUUCUUUGGGAUUCCCAAAAGCAAUGCAGGUUUUCCUUGGGAUUCCCAAAGAAAUGGGUAUUUUCUUUGAGAUACCCAGAAGCAAUGUGGUUUUUCUUUGGGAUUACCAAAUAAAGGGGUGUUUUCUUCGGCUUUCCCAAAAGCAAUGCAAUUUUUCUGGAGAUUCCCAAAGAAUCAUAGAACCAUAGGAUCGCUCAGGUUCUUUGGGAAUACCAAAUCAAUAUGACUUUCCUUGAGGCUGGUAGAGUAAAACCAGCCCCAGGCAUGGGCAGAUCCAGCCCUGGGAUGGGACCCAGCACUCCUAUUCCCCCUGCUUUAUAAUAAAUGCCUAUUUUUGUAGCAGAACUGCUGUUGCACACCCAUGGAGGGGGGGUCCAUCCCCACACUGGUUCAGCCUGACCCCCCCUCCCUGCCCCCAGCACCACAUUGACUUAGCAGCGGGGUCCCUGUGGUUGUGUAGGUCCUACCUAAAGCGCCCAAUUACCUUCAGACUUUUGCAUAUAAUAACUUAUUAUUGAGGGGGGGGGGAAUUGCUAAUGGAGACCCCUCAAAGAGCUCACACUGAGCAAGGGGGGAAGCAGGGAUGCCCCAUGGGGCUGCAUUCAAGCAACGGGGAGGAGCGAAAGCGACUUUUCCCCACCUCUUUCCUAACCACCCCCAUGUUUUGUACCCAGAUCACUGCCUAUUUUUUAACAGAAUAAACGGGGUUGUUUUGCUCGUUGGCUUUUCUCCUUCGUGGAAGCGAGAGCCUGUGUGCACUACAGAUGGAGAUCGCGUUUAUUGAGUCACUGAGUGCUUUAGUACAGAACAGAUAUACAGAGAUGAUACAUGUUUGUGCUUCAACACUUCCAAACAUUUAGGUUUCCAGUAACUUCAAGGUAAACAAGUUCCAAGACAGACUAGUUUUGUUUUCCUUUUUUUUUUUUUUUUAAGUUUUCCUUUUUGAUAAAUUAUUUUUUAUAUAAAUAACCGUAACAGAAAAAAAAUUAAUAAUAAUAAUAAUUAAUAAUAA